GCACAUUCUAAACUUUUCGUUACGGAGAAGUGUUUUUCAACCGAUGACUAACGAGAGCGUAAUAGAGGCAUCGAAAUGCAAACCAGAGGUCUUGGACAACACAGAGAAAAUGGAUUGUGAUCAGAAUACUCAGUUGUCAAUGGUCGUAAAUAUACCGACUCCUCCUGGUCCUCAAUGCUACUGGUUUGUGGCUUUCAUUCAUAUUAUAAUGUUUCAGCAUGUCGCCACGUGAUUUUAGUAGACCGGAUUUUCAGUGCAGUGUUUGUUAUAAAUGGUUCCAUCUUGAAUGUAUAGCAUUCAACAUAGGAAAGGCGUUACCUUUCCUAACAGCUUACCAUUUCAUGUGUAAGAAGUGCAACCCGAUCGGGGAAGAAGUAUUUUCCAGAAAGCAGGCGAAUUUUACAGUUAUGUGUCAAACGGCUCUUGCCAACUUGAUGUUGAAGCAUGGAGGGCGUUUGUACUUCAUGGAAAUGAAGGAACUCAUCCCCUUUUUAGAGGAGUACUGGGAAGAACUUACAACACAGCCAAGAAGGUCCAAUAAUUCUUGGUAUCCAAAUAUCCACAAAACUUUGGUUUGUUAUGGUUGUUUAUCUAUUACCACAGACUAGUAGUGAUGUAUUCAAGACGGUAGAAACUUCAGAUGGUCUUUGUGUAUGUCUGUCGAACACUGAUCUUACCAAGAUUGGUCCAAGUUAUGAUCGAUUUCGUGCUCUCACAAGUCAACUUCGGACAAAUAUUACUAAACUAGGAGUUCCUUCUGCUAACAUACCAAACAGUGUGUCACAGACCCAACCAUCUAUAUCAGGUUCCGUUUCUGAUGCACUUGACCAAUCAUCAAAUCUUACUUCCUCUAAUAAUCAGUUGCCUUUCACCAAUGAAGCCGAUGGCAUAGAUGUGCCUGUUUGGCGUAAACGCAAAUCUCCUGGCAGUGGGUUAUCUGGUGGGAUGGGAAACUUUUACAAUGGUUCUUCAGUGAUAUCUACUGUUCCAGGUGGAUCAUCAGAAAGUGCAGCACUUGGUACUGUGACUAAUGCUGAUGUCCCAGGGUUCCCUGGUACUAGAACUGCUGCCUCAUCAAAUGGUGAUGUAAAUAAUGGAUUAUCCAGUGGUCUUGUACGUUCAACUCGUCGGGCCACUUCGGCAUCUGUUCUGGGUGGGACCACACCCUUAAGUGGAACUUCAGGUUCUGAUGAAGGACGUGCAAAGUUAAAUUCUUUAGGCUUCCCGAUUGAUCAUGCACUAAAUAAGGAAGGUUAUCGUUACAUUUUGGUGGAACCGGAUAAACAUGCCUCCGGUCGGGAGCAGUGGGACGAAUGCGAGUUUACAGCUGGGAAACCCAUACCUGGUCUUUUUUAUCGUGUGUUUUUAUGCUCACAAGUAGUUUUAUCUUUGAGUGAUCGGGCAAAUCAUUUGAAAGUUCACGAAUCGCAGUUGUCAGUUACUGGUGAGAAGGGUUAUUGUAUGGUCCGUGCCACUCAUAGCGUUAAUUCCGGUACUUGGUACUUCGAAGCAACUAUCACAGAGCAACCAGAAGGUUCUGCAACUAGAAUCGGUUGGUCUCAAAUGUAUGGUAACUUACAAGCACCUUGUGGCUAUGAUAAGUUUAGUUAUUCUUGGCGUUCACGUCUUGGCACCGCAUUUCAUGAGUCGCGGGGAAAACAUUACGCUGAUGAAGGUUAUAAAAAAGAUGAUGUUAUUGGAUGUAUGAUCUAUUUACCUUCAACUACUGGUCCUUUCACAUCGUUAGAAAAUCAAUGUUCAGAGUCUUCUGGACUGUUUAAAACGCCCCAAGCGAAUUCAUUAUCAUCUGUGGCUGGCGACAUUAAAUCCAACUUAAACAAUACAUCUAGUGGACAGAAUAUGAAUAAAUAUAAAAAUUUAUUUUGUACUUCCAAUUAUCUUCCUGAGACAUAUAAAGAUCGUCCACUCAUCAGAUUUCGGAAUUCUUUUUACUUUGAGGAGAAGGAUGAGCCGACAAAAGCGGAAAAAUUACUUCAUCCGUUGCCUGGUAGUAAGAUUACGUUCUACCACAAUGGUAAAUGUAUGGGAGCAGCUUUUACGAAUAUCUAUGCAGGCACUUAUUAUCCAGCAAUAUCAAUAUAUAAAUCUGCUACUGUUUCUGUCAAUUUCGGUCCAUAUUUUAAAUAUCCUCCGAGUGACGUAACAGACUGGGAACCGAUGUCUUCUCGCGUUAUAAGCGCUGCUGUUGAACAAACUGUGGCAGAUAUGAUCUGUUUAGUAGAAAAAGACGGAUUCAUUGAGCGCACAAUCAAAUCAUGUACUCCUCAAUUUAAUUAACCAAAGGCUUUCAAAAAGUAUGAAGAUUUAAUUCUAUCUUAAACUCGUUUGUAAGUGUCAAGAAGUUAAUUUUCCUUCUACUAACUCUACAUCGUCAUCUCUUUCUGGUUAGUGUGUAUUCAUUGAACCUGUUUUCUAUCUGAUUAUUGCAAACUGAACUAUUCAAGCUUAAUUGUUGUACUCAUUCUAAAGAUUUUUUAUGCAUCUUGUUCAUAGAGUUUUUAUAUUUUCAUACGCUGUAUAUUUAUCUAUGGGUUUAUUUUAUUAGGUAUCAUUAUUAAUUUAAUUCUUCAUAAUGUUUCUAUACCUUUCUAUUCACUAUACAUGUCUAUGUAUGUGCUUAGGAAAGAGAGAGUACUUGUGAGCUUUGUAUCUGUUUGUAAUGCUGUUCGAUGAUGAUUAUCAUCCAUCAUGGUGUUAAUUUUUCAAUCUUCAUUUCUGUGUCUUCUUUUUUCAAAGUAAAACAGUAAUAAAUAUAUAUUUAUGUACCAUUUAUGUCGUUCCUUCAAGUAAAAAUUACCGGGUCGGUUUUAAAAGAAUACAGACUAAAAAAUUCCAUCUUGUUAGAUGAUAAACGUAUAUAGGUCUAGAAUAUUAGUGAUGGUUAAAAGAAUUUUAAUAAUGUAGAAGUAUCUGAAUCCCUUUAAUAUUGAAUGGUAAAUAUUUUAUAUUGAAGAAUAUAGAUUUUUUACAUUUGGUUUAUUUGCUAAAAAAUUGGUAGUCCUCGUAACAUUCUAAAUGUUAGUAAUUCCAACCUAAAAAACCUAUUGUGAUGAAGAUCACACAGGUAGUAAUGGCAAAUAUUUCGGCUUUGUUUUUCUGUUUUCAGUCUUUCAGGUUAGCGUUCCUGUUUUCGUGUUUAUAGAAAUCUCAUGGAAUUCGUCUCAUUUAUUAUUAUAUAUUUACAAAUCCCUACCUUUAGUGGUUACUUCAGUUUAUUUGCGGACCUUGUCAACUUGAUGAUAAAUCUUUUGGCUUCAUUUUUUUAAACGUUUCCCUGAUUUCCCUAUACUCCAUUAGGAUAAAUAGACGAUCCCCUAAGUUUUUGAUUCGAGUUUUCUCAUCAUCUCAUCCUCAUAUGCAAAGCAUUGUUGCUGCCAUUACAGCUACGUAGUGGUUACUUUUACAAAUUUUGUAUGAAUUAUUAGCAUUAUAAUUAAUUAGUAUUGCAAGUCUUGCUUAUCAUACCGGUGAACAGUAAAAGCGUCAUAAAACUUAGCAUCACUCUUAGUAUCUCUAAAAUGAGAGGCUGAUCAAUUGCGGUCAUAAACAUCGAUGGGAAGAUACAAACAAACAAUACAAAAUGUAUCUAUAAAAUGUGUAUCAUUUAGCUUCAGUUCAUGUCAAAAGUGUUCCCAUUAACUUCUAUAUAGAUGCAACUAAUGAACUGAUAGAACGAAAUCCCUAUCCUAUCACGUCGUAUGUACCAGUUGUUACACUUUGAAAAAUUAUUUGUCGGCAUUCGUUAAUUUAAAGUGAUAAAAUGACAUGACAGUCAGAUGUUAAAUGUUAUUGAUCUUUUUACCAAACCUUAUUUUAACUACUGAUUUAUUAUUUGACAGUCAAUUUGUAGUAUUAUCUGGAUAGUAUCUCUGUUGAUAUGAUUUGACCAGUAGAUCAAUUGUUUUCUUUUAGAAAAUUCAAGGGGUUAAAAUUUGUAGUUUAGAUUAUCCAGCAUUUACGUAUUGAUAUUUGCUAGUCAAAUAAUUAUGAAGUAUCAAUCAUUUCGGUUUGUUAAAAUCUCCUUUGUGUUACCAGUGCAUUCUGACCGUGUAGUUAAUUCCCUAAUACAGAAGCACUGAGAAAUGUAAUUAGAACGAUCCAGAAUAGGUGCAUUUAAAUUCAUAUCAUUUUGUUACAUAUUUUCUGUGGU